UACCGGAAGUGCCAAAGCAGCCUUGUACGGAAAAUAAACCACUAGUCGAGUUAAUUUUCGAACAAAAGCUGGCAUUUGGAACACCACCGAACUUUUACAGACUCCCCCCCCCCAAUUCUGUUAACAAGAUGUUUAACAGACAAACGAGUCUAUGGAUGGGUGAUUUGGACCCAUACAUGGAUGAGAACUUCGUCAAACAGGCCUUUAGUACAAUGGGAGAAUCACCGUUUGGAGUCAAAAUAAUAACUCACAAGAUAACAGGCGUUUCUGCAGGAUACUGCUUUGUGGAGAUGGCAGAUGAAGCAAGCGUCGACCGUUGUGUUCAAAGACUUAAUGGAAAACUGGUUCCUGGAUCAAACCCGCCUCGGAAGUUUAAGCUAAACUUUGCCACCUAUGGGAAACGGCUGGAGGCCGGGCCUGAUUUCUCAGUGUUUGUGGGAGACUUGGCCUCUGAGGUGGAUGACUUCCAGCUCCACCAAGUCUUUAAGAGCUUUCCCUCCUGCAAGGGAGCCAAAGUAGUCACUGACCAGUACGGCUACUCCAGAGGUUAUGGCUUUGUCAAGUUUGGCGAUGAAAAUGAGCAGAAGAAGGCUAUCGAGGAAUGCCAGGGCACAGUGCUCGGGGGAAAGCCACUCCGGCUCAGUUAUGCUGUGGCAAAGAUCCCGAAGACUAGCACCUGGGUGGGGCCGAGUCAGAAUUACCAGAGCAACUACAGCCAGCCGCCAUCAAGUUAUUAUGGGAACCCCAAUGGUGGGGGUCAAGGUUACUACCCUCAGUGGGGCAACUAUGAUCAAUACAACAGCUAUAACAAUGGUGGCUACAACAGCGGCUAUAAUAGCGGCUACAACAGUGGCUAUAACUACAACUAUGGCCACUACGGUUACACCCCACCCAACCAUAUGGUGCCGCCGCCCCCUUUUGGGUUGCCGCCCCCGUCGUCUCAUGUAACAGGAGAUGUACAGCAGAGCCCAGAAGAGACUGGAGAUGGUGAGGAUAGUACCGAAGUGCCCUUCCAAGGAUGUGACGUGGACCAGUGGAACACAGAUUUUAUGCAACGCAGCGAGGAGCUCUAUAAUGCCUUGAUGGAUUGUCACUGGGAGCCACUGGACUCCUUUGACUCUGCUAUACCUUUACUCUCUUGAUAAAUGAAAUUAGUCCUCAGGUCCUUCCUCAAACUUGACCCACAAUCUCUUCUAAUUGGUUGUUCAGGAUCUCUGUACUUGUCUUUGCCUGCCCAAACACUGUGCCCACAUACAGCUCUGAAUUGUCAUCAUCAGAUAGUACAAGUUGAUUUUUAUUCUUUACGAUUGUGACAGUCUCACAAUAAGGAGUGACAUUACCCCUCAUGACAGAGGGUGUGGGUCGUUUGGGCACAAAGUACUGAGGGCACCUUGUCUGAUGUUCACAUUCGUUGUUGCAGUGAACACAGAACAUAGAAGUACAACUGAAUUUGUAUUCAUGUUGAAAUGGUCACCACAGAAAAUUCUAGAUGUUCACUCCGGGAUGGUACUUAUUUGGUAUGUAUAUGCAGUCCAUAGAAUUAUUCUUCAUUCAAUUUGUGAAGGAACUGAGGUAAUUGUGGGGGAGGUUCUCUGGAUGUGAUUGUAAAGUAGCUAAGCAGUGUUGCAGUGUAAAUCCCUUCGGCGUACGAGAGACUUCGGAGCGCUGUCAUUCUGUUUCUUUGAUAAUUUCCGAAGGUCCCGGCUAAGUUAUUGUAAGAUGUCACAGCAUCAUCUAUAACUGUUAUUUCGGGUGACUAUUUUGUAAACUGUAUAUAGAUGUAUCUUUUCUGGAAGUGUUUGGUCAAUAAAAACAUUUUAAAACGA